GUAUGACUGUAGAACUACAAUACCCACAAUGCCUUACCGCCGCCAGCAACAAGGAAGCGUGACAGUUUGUGAAACGUCAACAGCUGUUAUAUCACUGUAUUACUAGUAAUUCACAUAUUGACAGACACAUUUGAAGUCAUGGCAGGUACGAUCCAGCAGCUUAGCGAGUCUACAGUGAUCCGCAGCCUCAGGAGAUUUAGAGACAGGUAUUUUUCAACCAGUGGUAAAGUUGACAACGAUUUUGUGGACACGGACGAGGAAGAAUCACAGCCAGGUUAUCUGGACAGCUUACCGGUGGAUGUGCAAUUCCUGAUCAUGAACUUUCUAUCUCCUGCGGAUAUCUGCCACCUGGGAGCAACCAGUCGGUACUGGAGGGCUAUGGUUAGAGAUCCAUUGCUAUGGAGAUUUUUCCUGCUCAGGGACAUGCCCUACUGGCCCUCCAUAGAUCAUUUGACCAUGCCCCAACUGGAGCUGUUGGAUGGACCACUAGUCAGUGAAAAUGAGAUCCUGGAUGAUUCAGAAGAGGGGGGAGACCAAGGGAUGGAAUCACAAGUGGACUACAUGGCAGAAUACCUGAAAGGAUGCCCAUCCUGCAGACAAAAAUGGCUUCCUUCACGGCCGACAUACAAGGUUGUGACCUCAUUCCUCCAGUCUCUGGUGCCCUCAUCCGAGCCACGUUAUGCCAUGUUUGGCCCUGGCAUGGAGAAGCUGGAUGUCUCUUUAGUCACAAGGCUCAUGCAUGCCCCAGAUGUGCUUCCUGUCUCGGGCACUCCACACAGACAGAUAAAUGGAAUUGGUUCGGGGAUCAGUUAUAUGUUCAACAACCAGCACAAAUUCAAUAUCCUGACUCUUUACUCAACCAAUAGGGCAGAGAGGGAAAGAGCCAGAGUGCAGCAGCAGGAUAUCAGUAAUAAGCUCUUCACUUUUGAAGGAAGCGAUGAUUCAGGUUACCCGGUCUACAGCCCUGCUCCUCAUGUGCAACAAGUGUGCCAGGUGGUGGAUGGUUUCAUCUAUGUAGCCAAUGCAGAGCCUGGAAGAGAUGAGGGGGAGUCUGAGGCAGCUCAGAUCCAGGCUGUGCUGAGAUCCGUCUGGGGCUCAACAUCCAGGCCUCUGCUGGUGCUCUCGUGUGUGUCCAGAGAAGAAACUGAAGCAGCCAGCACCACCAGCCUGCAAACUAGUACCAGCAGAAACAGGGCCAGGUGUCGAACUGCCUGUGUUCACAUGGCAAAGAGACUUGGUCUGCCGCAGCUGGCUAAUCCCUGGAUGGUGCAGGACACAGUGGCAGAAUCCUUGUCAGGUCUUCUGGAUGGCAUUUCUUGGUUGCUGAGAUGCUCUGGAGUCAAACUAUAUAGUAGCUAGUUCCCCUAACUCCUGCUGCUGCCGGAUGAAUUAAAACCACAGAGCUCAUUGCUGCAUCAUCCCGACACCAAGACACACUACGGCAUUUCCUGAGUAAUCUAUACCACAUGUGCACUGAAUGUCUUGGGGUUGGAGCUUUGCCCGAGGAAUUUAAUGAAUUGGAUGAGCAGCGGAAGUGAUGAGUCUUCCAGAUUUUUCAUCUGCCAGAAGUAACAGAGACCCCAUUCUUAUUUACAGAGAAAGUCAUAUGAAGGAGUUAUGGCUGGAUAAAAGGUUGUAAAAACACCUGAGAGCUUCAUAUUUACCCCACAAACUGGCCUUGUUGAACGCUGAGUAGUUCUAUGGAACAGCAGGGUAAUAAGUGCCUUGUUUGAAGUUACAGUAACAUUAGUAGCUGUGGAUGGAGGAAAAUUGCUUGUUCAAUGCAGGAAAUUAAGAACACACAGCUAAACAGGCUCUAGAAAAUCAAACUUAAAAAAGCUGAAAAAUCCACACAUGUAAAAACCCAAUUUGACUCAAUUUAUGACUGUCUCACUCUGAAAGCCCAGUAUUGGGUUUAACAUUGGAGUUGUACAUGUGUUUGACAUGACAUUUUUCAGUGUUUGAUUAAAGGCUUGAAAAUGUCAAUGUUUCAACAAUGAA